UACUGGAGGCGGAAGCGCCGCUGGGCGCCGGACUCGGAGGGGAUUCGAGGCUUCGGGGGCGGCGGCGGCGGCCGGGCCAGGAAGGGCAGCUCCCGCUUCGGGCCCGGCCGCAUCCGGGACGCGUCGUCGGGCCGCCUGAGGGAUGCGGAGGGACCAUGGCCAGCGACGGGGCGCGGAGGCAGUUCUGGAAGCGCAGCAGCCACAGGCUCCCAGGAAGUAUCCAGCAUGUGUAUGGAGCCCAGCAUCCUCCUUUUGACCCAUUAGUACAUGGCACGUUGAUUAAGACGGUCCCCAAGACGCCGACCACGCCAGUGAAGCCCAAGAAAGUCAGCACUUUCCAGGAGUUCGAGAGCAACACGAGCGACGCGUGGGACGUGGGCGAGGACGAUGAUGAGCUGCUGGCCAUGGCGGCCGAGAGCCUGAACACGGAGGUGGUCAUGGAGACGGCCAACCAGGUCAUCCAGAACCACAGCCGCCGCCAGGAGCAGCACCGGGUGCCCGAGGAGCGCGUCUGCAGGGACAGGGAGCAGCCCGAGCACUUCUCCGACCUCCCCGCCGUGAUGGGCCCGGACAGCCGGCUGGUCAAGUCCGUCAGCGAGAGUCACACGUCCCACUCUGCAGAAAUCCUCAGUGACAUGACCCCGCUGCAGCGCUCCCAGUCUCUCCCUUAUGCCUCUACGACCCCGUUAGGCUACGGAUCGGACGACAAGAACGUGCUUGGCCCCCCGGCCCUGACAGAGAGGGAGGUCUAUCGGCUGGAGAAAUUCAGGCAGCUUCUCGCAGGGCCCAACACAGAUCUGGAGGAAUUAAGAAAAUUGAGUUGGUCUGGAAUUCCCAAGCAAGUCCGUCCGAUAACCUGGAAACUGCUUUCGGGUUACCUCCCUGCAAACGUGGACCGGAGAGAAGGCACCCUGCGGAGAAAGCAGAAAGAAUAUUUUGCUUUUAUUGACCAAUAUUAUGACUCCCGGAAUGAUGAAGCUCACCAGGAUACCUAUAGACAGAUUCACAUCGACAUCCCUCGCAUGAGUCCGGAGACGUUAAUCCUCCAGCCCAAAGUGACCGAGAUUUUUGAGAGAAUCUUGUUUAUCUGGGCUAUCCGUCACCCUGCCAGCGGCUACGUCCAGGGGAUCAACGACCUCGUCACCCCCUUCUUUGUGGUCUUCAUUUGUGAGCAUAUCGAAGAAGAAGUGGAAAAUGUGGAUGUUUCCUGUGUACCAGCAGAGGUCCUGCGGAACAUCGAAGCUGACAGCUACUGGUGCCUGAGCAAGCUGCUGGAUGGCAUCCAGGAUAACUACACCUUUGCCCAGCCCGGCAUCCAGAUGAAAGUGCGCCUGUUGGAGGAGCUUGUGAGCCGGAUCGAUGAACAAGUGCAUCGGCAUUUAGACCAGCAUGAGGUGAAAUACCUGCAAUUUGCCUUCCGAUGGAUGAACAAUUUGCUGAUGAGGGAGAUGCCCCUGCGGUGUACUGUCAGGCUCUGGGACACCUACCAGUCCGAACCCGAGGGCUUUUCUCACUUCCACCUGUACGUCUGUGCGGCUUUCCUCAUGAGAUGGAGAAAGGAGAUUCUGGAAGAAAAAGAUUUCCAGGAGCUGCUCAUCUUCCUGCAGAACUUGCCCACGGCCCACUGGGGAAACGAGGAGGUCAGCGUUCUCCUGGCCGAGGCCUACCGCCUCAAGUUCGCCUUUGCCGACGCCCCGAAUCACUACAAGAAAUGAGCCGAGGCCGGCCGCGGCCCCCGCAGUAACGCGUCCUUUCCGGUUUGCACAUUUCCCGACUCACCUACUAAUUGUGGCAUACUUUGUGAGGUGCGCACUGAGGCCGUGUCUACACGGGCCUCGGGCCCGGAGGGAGGCCGGCGCCCCGCACCCACUAGAGCCGGGGCCUUGGCCCGUGUAGACACGGCUUAGAGAGCCUCGCUUCUUGCAACAGAACAGGAGGGGAUCCCGAGGUACCAAAGACAGACAGGUGGACGCCCCUGUGGCGGGACCUUCCGGCCCGAGGCCGCCCCGCGGGCUCUCCGGGGCUCCGCCCCGCCCCCUCCUGGGCCCCGCCCCGCCCCCUCCUGGGCUCCGCCCCGCCCCCUCCUGGGCCGUCUCUUUGCCAAACCCCGUAGCCCCGCCCCCAGGGCCCGAGGCGGGCCGUUCCGAGGGCGGCCGAGGCGGCGGGACAGGUGGUGGCCUGGAACCCCUCGGGAGCGCUUGCUUUGGUGGCUCGGCUCAAACUGGAAAAUUCUAUUCUACUAAAAGUCAAUGGAAAUUAAAAAACAAACGAACAAAACAGUCCAGUGUGUCGUGAAGCACGUGGGCUCCCGGGCCCCCUGGCUUAUUCGGAGGAGGGAAGGGCCAGAGCCAACCUCGGGCCAGCCCACGGGGGCGGGCCUCGGGCCCCGGCCCGGCUCCUCUCCCUUCCUGGAGACGGCCUCUCCGCGCCCGCCGUCCUGCCCCGCGUUUGCCCCGCGUUUGCCGUCUCGGCAGGGGCCGGCCCAGCGGGAGGGAGGGCAUGGCGGCCUGAAGAUGGGCCCCGAUUCCCGUCCUGCUGUUGCCCCAUGGGAAAGCCCUUCCCCGGCUCCCCCGAGACCAUCGGUCUGGCCAUAGGACCCCCACCCCCGUCUUUGCAGCUUCUUGAAGACCCUUACUGCCACUGCUUCCCCGGAGGGCCAGCCGCUAAGCCCAGCCUCCCUCCAGAAGGGGGACGGCAGCCCGUGAAGGGCGCAGGACGAGGCUGGGAGGGAGCCCUGUCCCCCUGCACUCCGCCCCUGCCCGGACCGGAUUGCCAGGGCUGCUCCACCUUCUGUCCAGCGUAUGGAGCAAAGGGAAAGCCCGCCUGGCCCAGCGAUGAGCCUUCACUGAGAAAUGGGGGACCCCUCCCCAGUGCUCUGGGGACGAGGGGGUCUCCAGGUGCCAAGGGUCAGGGAAGGGAACUGCGGGCACGGGCCGGGGGAUGUCUUCUGGGACAGGCACCUCAGUGUAGGAGCUGGGGGGAGUCCCGGGAACCCCUUAAUUUGUAGGUGAGAAACAGGCCCAGAAGAGGGAAGGGGCUUCUGGGACUGCCCCGGCGGCCCCUCGAUCUCUGUGUGCGCGCCCCGGGCAUUUCGCUGGGCUUCCACGGUGCCUUUCUUUGGAAACGUGCAGGGAGGGGGCUCGGCUGUGUUCUUUGAGUUGUACCGGAUCUGUCCAAAGUUAUUAAAGCUCGUGUUGUUUCAAA